AUGGACAAAGCUCUGAAGGAACAUGCAUAUGAGACAAUUAAGCGGACCUUUCUGUAUGAGGAGGAUGAUCGUGGGAAAAGAAAAAAGGUCAUAAUUCAAAGGCUAGGAAAAAUUUGGAAAGAAGCAAGAAAUCACUUAUAUCAUAAGUGUUAUGACGAGCAACUGAGUUGGGAAGAUAAUUUAAAGAAGAAACCAUCAGGAAUAAAUGUACAGCAGUGGAAAUGGUUCGUUUCCUAUCGUUUGAAGGAAUCUACUAAGGAAAAGUGUAGACAAAAUGCUGUAAAUCGGUCGAAGCAACUUUAUACACAUACUUGGGGCUCUAAGACAACUGCCAGGCUAAGGGAUGAAGAGGAGAAAAAACAGCAAAGGCGCAUUGGUAGAGGAGAGAUGUUUAUUAUGACUCAUAAAAAAAGGAAUGGCUCUUAUAUGAAUGAUGCUGCGCGUGUUGCUGGGGAAGCGAUUGCGAAUAUCGAGAGCCAAGAUGGUUCAUCGAAGGAGAUUUCACUUACUGAUUCGCUUGCGCAAGUUCUUGGAAAGGAGCAUUCAGGACAACAAGGAGACACUUUGUCACCUGAAAUUGAUGCACAACUGAAGUCUUUGGGGAAUGUAGCACAAUAG